UAUCCCCUAUGAUUUUAUGUAUAAAAGUGGGAACUCCCCCUUGCUUCUUGUGCCAGUUUCUGGGGUUGCAGGGUUGGCACAGGAUGACUGAAUACAAAGCAUGCUUUCAGCCUCUUCACAAUAUCUCCUACAUUAACAUCUCUGCCUUUAAAGACAUGAAUCCGCCUCUUCAGGUGAAUCACUGUCUGCUUCUUUCGCCUUAGUAUUACUGAAGACCCAGGAAGUGAACACUACAUUUGAAGAUAUCACCUACACUAGCAUGAGUCAUUCAGUAAUGAGAAAGCUAGUUGCUCCAGUUGCUCCCAGUUGAGAGAAUUUUGACUUUGAUUGAAUGCCACAAAAAACAAGCAAAAGUGAGAAAUCUCCGUUUCCAGUGAUGUUUUCUCUCUUGUUAUUGCAAGUUAUACUUUUAUGCCUGAAUUAGUUACAAAGCACAUGCUUGUGGAAUUUAAUGCAUUCUGGAGAUGUGGCAGAGCAACGAAUGGACAGCAAGAAUGAUGACAAAAGUUGAGGGUAGUACAGCCCAGGCUAAUCUCCAGGUUCAUUGUUGCCAGUGUGCCUCCUGAAAACCAUUUCAGCGGAAAGUCAAAAGCAACAAGAAGAAUGGGGUUCAAUGUGUCAUACAAGAAACUAUCAGAUUAUCAUCUGGACCACAAGAAUGUUACAGCUAAUUACACACCAGGUCUACACGGGAAUUCCACAUUCAAUGAAUUUACAACUAUUGUUUUGCCUGUGCUUUACCUCAUCAUCUUCCUGGCAAGCAUCUUACUGAAUGGCCUAGCAGUAUGGAUUUUUUUCCACAUCAGGAAUAAAACAAGUUUUAUUUUUUACCUCAAAAACAUUGUGAUUGCAGACCUCCUUAUGACACUGACAUUUCCCUUUAAAAUCAUUAAGGACUCGCAGCUGGGACCAUGGCACUUCAACUUUUUUCUGUGCCGUUAUACCUCAGUUUUGUUUUAUGCGAACAUGUACACCACAAUUGUGUUUCUUGGACUUAUCAGUAUUGACCGGUAUUUGAAAGUGGUAAAGCCAUUUGGAGACUCCAGAAUGUACAGCAUUACUUUCACAAAGAUCUUGUCUGCUUGUGUUUGGGUUGCCAUGGCUUUCCUAGCCUUACCAAAUCUAAUUCUUACAAAUGGUUACCCAACAAAGAAAAAUAUAGAUGACUGCAUAAAACUCAAAUCUCCCUUGGGAGUAAAAUGGCACAGGGCUGUCAUUUACAUCAACACUUGCAUGUUUGUUGUAGUGCUAACUGUGUUAAUAGGAUGUUAUAUUGCAAUAUCCAGGUACAUAUAUAAAUCAAGCAAGCAAUUUAUUAGUUCAUCCAGCAGAAAGCGAAAACACAACCAGAGCAUUAGAGUUGUUGUGGCUGUAUUUUUCACUUGCUUUCUGCCAUAUCACUUGUGUAGAAUACCAUUUACUUUUAGCCAUCUAGAUAAACUGUUAGAUGAUUCAGCACAUAAAAUUUUGUAUUACUGCAAGGAGAUGACACUGUUUCUAUCUGCAUGUAACGUAUGUCUGGAUCCAAUAAUUUAUUUUUUCAUGUGUAGAUCAUUUUCACGAAGGCUAUUUAAGAAGUCAAAUAUGCGAACCAGAAGUGAAAGCAUUAGAUCACUUCAGAGUGUCAGAAGAUCAGAAGUGCGCAUAUAUCAUGAAUACACCGAUGUAUAAUGUCACAUUCGCAAAGACUUUUGCUCAUUUGCAAUAAUCUAUUUGUAUAGUAUGUAAAUAAAACAUUUCUUUUGAUUACUUGUGAAUCUAACAAAAUUUAGACAAACA